GUUUCCACAACAGCUGGGCGCCCAACCAUCACAAAGAUCCCAUCAAAUCAAAAAGGGACUUCUUCAGAAAGAUAAUUCCUCCUCACCGUUUCCGUCCAAGUGUUUGCCCGCGGGUUCGUGCCUGGAUUAGGUGGACGCCGAGGCGGCGUGAGCAUCGCUGGCUGCGUCGAUCGGAGUCCGGCGCUCGAGCCUUUCUCCGGUGGACAACGCUUACUCAGACAAUCAGAUAAUACAGUUUUUCUAUGCAUAAUGUGCUCAUGUAAGACAUCAAGUACAAAUGAAGCACACCGCUGUCCUUUGUUGGAGGAUUGAAGACAGAUAGCGCUAUGGUAGCUGCUACAACUGCGGCAAUGUUUAUUGUGUGUUACGAGUCCCUCUGCCCCUGUUUUGGCUCAAAAAGGAAGGAUGGAAGUGAAGAUCCUGUUCUUGAAAGACAUUCAAAUUCUUUGAAUUCUUCUGAACUGAGGUCGAUUUCUGAUAGAAUUCCUGCAAGCCCAUUUCGAGUACCUGCAAGUCCAUCUAGAUUUUCAUUGUCUUCGCUGCCAAGCAGAAAUGAUCCAUUAAACCUCAGUCUUGAACAUGUUGUCAAACUGACACAUAACUUCUCGCCAACCUUGAUGAUUGGUGAAGGUUAUUUUGGAAAGGUCUACAGAGCUGAGCUGCAAGAUAGCCAUGUCGUGGCUAUUAAAAGGGCAAAAAAGGAACAUUUUGUCUCUUUACGUGCUGAAUUCAGCAAUGAAAUUGCACUACUAAAAAAAAUUGAACAUAGGAACUUGGUCCAAUUACUUGGUUAUAUUGACAAAGGCAAUGAACGAAUUAUCAUAACUGAGUACGUAUCAAAUGGCAAUCUUAGGGAGCAUUUGGAUGGUCAACAUGGUCUGGUUUUGGGAUUUAAUCAGCGGCUUGAAAUAGCCAUAGAUGUUGCACACGGAUUGACUUAUUUGCAUCUGUAUGCAGAGAAGCCCAUAAUACACAGGGAUGUGAAGUCAUCAAACAUUUUACUAACUGAGGGCUUCAGGGCCAAAGUGGCGGACUUUGGAUUAGCAAGAACAGGUCCUACCGAGCCAGACCAGUCACAGAUUGAGACUGGUGUGAGAGGAACAGCUGGCUAUGUUGAUCCAGAGUAUCUGAGGACAAACCAUCUGACAAUCAAGAGCGAUGUGUUCUCUUAUGGUAUUUUGCUCCUGGAAAUCCUUUCAGGCCGUCGUCCUAUUGAGGUCAGGAGGGGUUCAAGAGAGAGGAUUACAGUAAGAUGGGCAUUUGAGAAGUAUAACAGAGGCAAUGUUACGGACAUAUUGGAUCCGAUGUUAACUGAAGCAGUAAAUGAGGAUAUACUGAAUAAAAUCUUUGAGGUGGCGUUCCAGUGUGUUGCUCCUACCCGUGAUGACAGACCACCCAUGAAAGAAGUUGUGGAGAGGCUGUGGAAGAUAAGGAGGGAUUUUGCAAAAACUCGAAGGAGAGCAGAAGCGACUCUGAAUUGAUCCUGGUUGCUUCAUUUGCUUGAGAGAAUAUAGGUCAACUCUUAGUGAAGACUGAAGAUUGGCACACAAAAACAAGGCAAAUAUUGCAAUUAUGAACAAAUUUGUACACGAUUGCGAGAUUAUUGUUGUAUGAUUAUAUCGGGAGAUCAAUAUGUUGUACACUGACCCGCAAUUAGUGAUUUUCCCUGUAUAGCCAUUAGCCAGCUCGAUCUUUUCACUUUUCAGUACUCUGUAUCCGCAAGCAAGUACAGUGUAGCUUCUGUUUGUGGCUUCUGAAUUUUUGAAAUUGUAAGACCUAUGUUGUUGGAUAAGGCUUUUACAAGAGUUGGAUAAGA